AUGCUCCCAAAUUUUGAUAACGUACCGGAUCGAAUAGCAUCCACCGUUCGACGGCUUCCGAUACUCACCCGUGGUCUACUGGGGCUUACCGUAUUAUUAUUCAUUCUCGGUCGCAUAUCCGACUCUGAUGCCGUGUUGGAGCUUGAUAACAAGAAUUUUGGGAUUACACAGCCAUUCUCGACGUUCCCGGCUAUCGGAUAUACCGUUAUCGAUAAAUUUUUCUUCGGCGGGAAUGGAAUCUAUUACGGCAUGUCGGUGUUUAUCGUGAUGUUUGCGGCGAUGGAUGCGACGAGGAUAUAUAAAUACAAGCCGUAUUAUUGGAUCGCUGGGUAUAGGAUACCCAGUUGGGCUCCUGUGGUUGGGUUUGUGCUUGUGCUUGAGAUCUUUGUGUUCGGAGGGACUGGGUGGUUGAUUCAUAUUUUGGCUAUGACGGUUGGAUGGGCUUAUGCAUCGGAAUAUUUAAAGCUAUUGGAACCGCCAGAGAAGGUUUUGAAGUUCGUGGAGACGAAGUUGAGGCCGUUGCUUUCGAGAAUACCGUUCUAUGUGGCCUUGGAUGCGAGGGAUUCUGCGGGACAUACGCUGGUUUUACCGACCUUUUCGGAGGAAGCUGGAGCUAGAGGAGGGAUCGAUAUGCCCAGUUUGAGAAUGAAUCCUAGGAAUAGUCCUCCUGCUGGUGGGAACGGUGGGGGUGCUAGCGGGGGUGCUAGUAACUUUGGAGGUGCCGGGAGGACGUUGGGGAGUUCGUAA